AUGAAGUUAAUUGAAAAUAAAAGAGAUAUUCUAGUUUUUUUUAAUGAAAAAAAUAUUCUUAAAUCACCUAUAACAUUAACGAAUGAUCAUAUCAAAUCAGAAUUUAUUGCGUUACGUCGACAUAAAAAAACAAUAUCAGUUGGUAUAUGUCGUUGUUCGGAUCAGUCCCUGUUGACUGAUACAAGUAUACAACAUAUAAGCUCAUUGACAUAUGAUGAAUUUCAAAAACUAUCUAUUGAUCAUUCAUCAACACCAUCGCUUAAUGAAAGUCGAAAAUCAUUAACGAUCACUGAUGAAAUUAUAACAACAACUACAGAUUUAAAAGCCGUGUCAAUUAAACAUAAAGCUAUCAUUGAACAGCAUAAACCAUUGAUUCAUAAACGUAGUGCAAGUCCAAAUCGAGAUAGUGGUUUUAUUGAAACCGAUGGCACCAAUACAUCUAUGCUCACGGAUCGUAGUGUUAUUUCAAAUUCGCAUACUAAACAUCGAAGUAAAGCAUCAUUAGAAAAAAGUGAAGAUGAAUCAACGGAUACUCACAAAUCGCUUGACUCACUUCAACAGUCAAUUACAAAAACAACUAGUGAACCAAUUAAAAAGAAACCAUCCGGUUUGAUUUAUUCUUUACAAAAACGUGAUAAACAUGUUCCGAAUCAAACUGAUUUACCAGUUCAAACGGUAACCGACGCAUGUUUUAUCUAUCGACGAGAAGUUGUUAAACCGGAUCCGAAUAUUGUUGAUGAAAAUUCAGCGAUAGUUCAACGUGGCCGUGAGAUAGCCUAUGAAGCUGCCAAUGCACCAUCGAUUCCACCAUCAAUGCCUAAUUAUUCACGUGAUCAAAUUCGUGAACUUUAUGGUGAAUUAGAUAAAAAAACACGUCGUCUACAAGAAGAUGAAUAUACACUUCAUUCGCCCGUUAGUAAUUCAUCAAAUGAAAAACAUCAAUGGAAAUUAGCAUCACCAAAAAAUGCGAAAAAACCAAUUUCAUGUCCAAUGCCAAAAUUUCGUCUUGAAAAACCAGCUGAUAAUGAUGAAGCAUUACUUAUGGCUGCUUAUUUAUCAACAGGUAUAACAAAUCCACGAAUGAAACCAAAUAUACCCAUUGAUAGUUUUCAUACGGUUAUGAUGAAUGCAAGUGCGAAAGUUAAUGAAUGGGCACAUAACAAUGAGAUAUAUUUAGCACCAGUCAGUAAAAGUAUGAUUUCGAAUAAUUUUCAUGCAACAACUGAUAAUCAUUCAACGAUAAAUCCAACACCAUUGUUGUUUGAUGUUCAUUUUAAUAUCAAACAAAGUGCUGGUACACCAACAGGUAACAAUAGUAAUCGACCAACAUUUUUAGAAAUUAUUGAACAAGAAUCAAUAAGCAAUACGAAUCAACCUACGGACAAUAAUGACGAAAAUUUUCGUACUCUUAAACGGCAAUCGAAUACAACAGAUACAAUAUCGUCGUCACCGGAUUUGAAUGAUAUCGCGUUGGAAACAACACCAUCAACGCCUGGCUCAUGUGGAAUGUAUCUUGAACCUUACAUGCGUCGUGGCUAUGAUUUACCUUGCCUCGAUCAUAAUAUCAGAGAUUCUUCGUGGCAACAUAGUGAUCAUGACGAUGGCGAUGAAGCAACUCUAUCAUUGAAAACUAUGACUCCCAUUGAAAGUCCAGUAUCACCAAAGUUCGAUACUAAUAUUGAUUCAAUGCCACCCAUGACAUCAAACGUGGUCGAUUCAGAUAGUUUAGUUGAUUUGGACGAUGGAACGACGGUUUCUUAUUAUUCAGCUAAAGAAUCGCGUAUAGAUACUACUAAUCAUUCAACAUUGUCAGUUGGCAGUGAUGAGACAAUAAGUUCUCUUCAACAAAAUCCUAUUCGAGAUGAUAUUAUUAACAAUUUCAUCUCGCCUGAAGAUAAUUAUUAUUUUGAUGCACUUGCAUCACCUUCACAUACAAAUCAACAAACAUCAUCAUCAUCAUCAGUGACAACAUCAGUAGAUAAACAAAAUCUUCUUAUAGAUAAUUUAGCAAAUCUAUUAGAAGAAAUCGAAACAUUUAACCAUACAAGUCAUCAAUUGUUAUCCAGAGUUGACGAAGAAAGUUCACAAUUAUCUCAUGAAGAGGAAGAAUCUAGUAAUAGAAUCGAUCGCGUAAUAACCGUAGUUGAUAAUGUACAUCAAUAUAAUCAAAUUGAAUCAAUGGAUAGCAUGAAUAAUCUUCUAUUCGUCUAUGAUGAUAUUGAUGUUGAACAACCGGAUUCAUCAAUCAAUAAUCUUGUUGAAAUAGUUCAUACAAUUCAUCAAGCACCAGUUGUUAUUAAUAAUUUACUGUUUGUCUACGAUGAAACAGUGACACCGUCUGAUGGUGAAUCAAAAACAAUAAUAAAUGGUUCCAGUGAAUGGUCUUAUGAUAAUUUAAUGAAUCAUCAAGAUGAAACUGAUAAUUUAGGUUUUGUUGUACACGAAGCAUUAACAAGUAAACUUCAAAAGUCCCCUAAAUACGAAGAAACGCGUGGGAGUGGAGAAGCAAUGACUGAUAAUUUGGGUUUUGUUGUACACGAAGCAUUAACAGGCAAAAUUAAAAAGUCCCCUAAAUAUGAAGAAACGCGUGGGAGUGGAGAAGCAAUGACUGAUAAUUUAGGUGUUGUUGUACACGAAGCAUUAACAGGCAAAAUUCAAACGCCUACUAAAUACGAAGAAAUACAAGGGAGUGAAGAAUCAAUGACUGAUAAUUUGGGUUUUGUUGUACACGAAGCAUUAACAGGCAAAAUUAAAAAGUCCCCUAAAUACGAAGAAACGCAUGGGAGUGAAGAAUCAAUGGUUGAUAAUUUAGGUUUUGUUGUACACGAAGCAUUAACAGGCAAAACUCAAACACCUACUAAAUACGAAGAAAUGCGUGGGAGUGGAGAAGCAAUGACUGAUAAUUUAGGCUUUGUUGUACACGAAGCAUUAACAAGUAAAAUUCAAAAAUCCCCUAAAUACGAACAAACUAACAAAAGAGAAGAAUCAACGGCUGAUACUGAUAGUCUGUCUACACUGGUACAUACUGUUUUAUCAUCAAAACUUCAAAAACCAACGAAUCCAGUUAUUUAUGAAACAGUAGAGCCCAUUGCUGAUAACGAUAAUCUAAUUACAGUAGUUGACGAAGUGUUAACAACUAAUUUUCAAAAAUUAAUGCCAGUCAAAUCAACUGCUGAACUCGAUCAAUCAGUUCCUAGAGAAACCUAUUCAGAAUUUAUUGAUGACUCGCUAUUUGAUACAUCGAUACCUGAGGAUUUGGAAAAAUCAACUGAUGGAUACAAUCAAGAAUCUAUCUCAUUCAAUGAUGAACAAACCGAUGAUACGCAUACAUCGGAAAUACUCACUUAUGAAAUCGAACAACCCAACCAACAAUCAAUUGCGUUUCCUGUAAUUAAUCUCUCCCAAAUUGUUAGUGAUACACUUUUAACAGGUUCAAAUUAUCAUCAGUAUAAAAAUAAUUUUGAAUCGAAUAUUACGCGUCAACCAGAGUAUGAUGAAGAAAUCUAUGAAGAAUAUGGUUAUCGUCGAACAACAACUGAUUCUUCGUCGAAUGAUAUUGUUGAUAGACACGAAGAAUUAUGUCGGCGAUAUUUAAGUAGUUGUAAGCAGUAUCAAACAACAACAGAAAAAUUAGACAAUGAAAUUGAUCAAUUUGAAAAACACUUAAUUGCACAAAAACCACAACUUCUGUCACCAACAAGUGACGUAACAAGUGAAGAAUUAAUUACAACUAUUGAACGCAUCGUUGAUAUGCGUAAUGAGUCAGCAACAAAUCGAAAUGAAACCGAUGAUUAUUGUUCUACAAUAACUGUUCAAAGACAACCGGAUGAUUAUGGAAAAUAUGGGUUUGAUUUUGAAGAAUUAUUUGAUGGAAAAAUUCAAAUUUCAAACAUUCUCGAUGAAAAUUAUUGUCACAAUAUGAAUAUUGGAGAUGAAAUUAUUAGUAUAAAUAAUGAUCGAACAUUUAAAACACGUGAAGAAUGUCAACAAGUGUUUGAUUCAUUAUGGAAAAGUGGCUAUGAAAAUAUACCCAUCACUGUUAUUAAAUCCGUACACAUUCCAAUAGUGCAAGGUAAAUAG